UUUCCCUGCUCGAGGUGCAUUGUGGGGAGGAAAGUCGUUGCCAUUCGACCUCUGCGGGGCCUGCGCGGACGCAGCGAGAACCCUCAAAUUCAUUAUGCCUUUAAAACCUUUAUUUAUUUCCGCAUAACCUACAUACUCUCACCGGGAGGGCCAGGCGGAGAAAAGAAGCGACGACGGUCCAUCUCUUUCGGGAAGAUACGGCGCUCACAAGUACAUAAUUCUCGUGUCGGAGGAGGAUACAGUUGAGAAAGUGAAGAUUCAGAUAUAUAUUGAGAAAAAUGUCCGGUGAGAGAAACCGCAGGUCGCUGGCUUUCCGAGGAGGUGGAUUGGCUGGGUUAACGGGCUCCAGCGGCAUCGGUGGGGGGAACUGUAACAGCUGGGAGGCCCCGGCCUGUCAAGACCGACAUUUUAACGGGAACAGGCCGGAUCAGGAGGAGGACAGGGAUCUGGGGGCGAGAGGACCGUCGCAGAAGCGAGGAGUGGAGGGCGCUGGGUCUGUCAGCGACAGCACGGAACCCGAGGCGGAGGAAGAAGAGGACCCGGAAGGGGGCAGCUGGGCAGCCGGGGACGGCGACGAUCGCGUCGGCUCGGUGGUGGAAGCGGCGAACGGGUCCCGGGAGGGGAGCAGUUGGACGGAGGGGAACGGUCCCAGCAGCGCCGACGGCCCGGAUAGUGGAAGCGGGGCGAGGGGGGGCGCCGAGCCGGGAUCCAGGAAAUCUGGGGUAGAGAUGAGACCGCAGACGCUGCUUCAGAAACACUCACUUUUUCACGCUUCGUGGUUGCAAGAAUUUCCAUGGCUGAAAUUUUGCCAGGAGACGGGACUCAUGUCUUGCUCCUGGUGUCACAACAUUGCCACUAAAAACAGCGACGAGCUGGUGAAAGGGAGUCGCAACUACAAGCGGGCCUUGCUGCUGAGACAUCACCUGUCUUCUGAGCACGGGAGAAAUGACCCCACCAAACAGGAGACGGUGAGGCCCUCGGACAGUGCCAGCCCCUCCACUAACUGCUCAGAGGAAGACUACCGCAACAAACCCAAUGAGAACUCCUACUGUUACCAGCUCCUCCAGGAGUUGGACAAGCAACGCAAAAGUGGAAUCCUCUGUGACGUCAACAUAGUCGUCUCAGGCCAGGUGUUUCGUGCACACAAGAACAUCCUGGUUGCGGGCAGCCGCUACUUUAAAACCCUCUACUGUCUGACCAAGAGUGAGGCCCAGGACCAAGCCACGGUCACACACCUGGAUGUCGCUGCUGUGCAGGGCUUCUCGGUAAUCCUCGACUUUCUCUACUCCGGGAAUCUGCUGCUCACAAGCCAAAAUGCCAUUGAAGUGAUGUCCGUUGCUAGUUACCUCCAAAUGACAGAGGUUGUACAGUCGUGUAGGGCUUUUAUAAAAGAUGCUCUGAAUAUCAGCAUCAAACAGGAGGCUCCUGAUUCUGUCGUGGUGGACUAUAACAAAAGGCAGAUGGUGGCCAAAGAGGGACAGCGGGGGCUGGACCGCAAACCAAGCAACUUUUGGGCCACGAGCAUCCUGUCGAAGCUGUCCAUCAAGGCCAGCACCAACCAAGGAAAGGAGGCCAUGGAGGAAGAUGACGAAACUGGCAGGGUGAAGGAGGAGACCAGUGAUAUAGAAGUGACAGUGGCGGGGGGUGAGGGCUGUGCCCUGGUGACCCCCGGAACCUCUGGUAGUUGGACCCACAAUGACAACUCAUCCGAUUCAGCAGAGACCAAUGAAACGCGAACAGCGAGUGGCCAGACGCAGGUCUUCGUCUGGAACGAGCCGGCCACAGGUGGCACCGCCGUGGCACCCGCAGCGAUAAAACGAGAGGCACCGGACGCCGCGGCUGGAAGUGGGAGGAGGAAAAAGCAGACCACCACGCGACGAUUUGUCUACAACUUCCCACCAGAGCCAGAAGAAGGAUUUGACGAGGGCAUGUUUAUUCAGCCCUCUGCCUCCUACCCCAGAGAAGACUUCUCCUCCCUCUCCGAAAAUGCCGAACUGGCCAAUCAGAUCCAGUAUAGCAUCAUCCAAGACUUACAGCAAGGGGAGUCCUGGGAGAAUGGCGAGUCCGCACACCUAGCCCUCAAUAAGCUUAAGUGCCCGCACUGUAACUACAUCGCCAAGCACCGGCGCACGCUCAAGAGGCACCUGAUCAUCCACUCGGGUGUGCGCUCCUUCAGCUGUGACAUCUGCGGCAAGCUGUUCACCCGCCGUGAGCACGUAAAGAGACAUUCCCUGGUGCACAAGAAGGACAAGAAAUACAAGUGCAUGGUGUGCAAGAAGAUCUUCAUGCUGGCGGCCAGCGUGGGCAUCCGCCACGGCUCGCGGCGCUACGGCGUGUGCGCGGACUGCGCCGACUCGCACCAGGCCACCCAGGAGGGCCUGGAGGGCAUGGAGUUUCCCCGGGACGAAGACUUUGACGGGGAAGAAGGGGAGGAGGCGGAGGGGGAGGAACCCAACGACAACGACCAAUCAAAUUGGGGCGAGGGCAACGCUGGUGCUGCCCCGGAGGAGGACUGAGAAAUUUAACAAGCUUGAGAAACAACAAUUAAACAGAGAGAGAAAAAAAAAAACAAAGGUUGAUGUUUAAUAUAUUAUGUAUACAAAAACUAGCUGGUAAACAAUCAACUCCAAAGUGCUAUCAAACCUUGAGGUUACUUAAUUGUGCAAGUAUAUGACAAAGAUGGAUUUUUAAAAAGAGCUUUGUUAGAGUGCAAACUCCAAGAUGUACAGAUUUUAUUAUGUGUCCAACUCUGGGUCCUGCGCCCACAAGAGACGAUUCUAACGACGAAUAAUAUGAUGAAUCAGGUUUUUUGGUGAUGUAUUUUUAUUUUUAUUUCCUGUUUUUUUUUUCUUUUUUUCGGGCAAAGUUGGGCAGGGUGUUUUUAGUUUCUGUGUUGAGAUAGGCCAAUCAUCUAAACAAAGAAAUGUUAAUUAUUUAAUUUAUGAAAAGAGGUUAUUAUGGUCUUAUCAAAUGGUCUAAUUUUUAUUAUUUUGUGUGUGAGCGGAGCUGCAGUGACUGUUGCAGCUGCCCUCGGCUCACGCUUCACUCUGAAAGUAUACUGCUUGGUGCUUGUAGAAGUACACAGAAGAAGAGCAUUAUUGUCCACAGGAAGAUUUUAUUUUGCUCUGUAGAUCUUCUUUAGAUGCGCUAAAUAUAUUUUCUUUUUCUUUUUCUUUUUUUUUUUUUUUUUUCUUUCCCUGCACAAAUCUUGGAACCAAAAAAUCUGUUUUGUGACUCUGAUGUAUCGCAGCCAUAUUUAUGAUUAAUUUAAGAGCGCUGUGAUAUUGUGCCAAACAGACCGCACACCAAGAUUGAGCAGGAAACAAGAACUACUGAAUACGCUUAAGAGAAAAAAAAAAUAAAAAUAACACGUUGGGUUUGUUGUUGAGUGUUGGGGGGGAGAUAUGAAUAAAAAAAGAGAGAAAGUACAAGGGGAAAUGUUAUUGCUAGCUUUAUACAAAUCACAGCGUCACAGUAACACUUUAUUAUUAUUAAAACAGAAGCAUUUGACUUUCACUUAAAGCUUGAAUUUUGCCAAAUGAUGAAACGUUUGGUGCUGUAAUGCUUGUUGCAGAAUACUGGACCUACAGGCUAUAUAUGAUGUUUAUAAUCAUAAAGCUUAAACUGACUCAGUUAUGCAUAUGUAAUCAGCUUAAACUAUAGAACACUGUUAUGCUACGGCGACUAUCAGGUAUGCUUUGCCAUUAUUUUUAAGCUUUUUAUUUUAUUUAAUGCACACACACACACACACAGACACACACAUGAACAUACCAUUUUGUAGAACUACCGGCAGUACUUGUAAUUGACAUUUUGAGGACCUAAGCGGACAUCAUUACAUGUAUGCGUUUGUUUAUAUUUGGUACUGAGGUUUUAAAGUAAAUACAGUAUAAAUAUAUAUAUUUUGAAUCACUUGAACGUAGGCUGCGAGGGAGGAGGAGGAGUGCAGAAAUCAUGAUGUGUGUGAUGUUUUAAAAAAAAGUCUAAGAGAACUCCAUUUUUCAUUUGUUGAAAAGGCAAAACGUCAUCGGUUUUAAUUUGAUACGAGUUUGUUUUGUUUUGACUUUUUUUUUUUUGUUAGGUCUGCCAGGUAGAAAACACUUUGUUCCACAAAAAGUGAAGCUCUAUGGCACCUCAUAGACAUGCACUUAACUUUUUGCGUUCAUGAAAAGAAAUUUCUUUUUAUGUUUCUGUGUUUCCCCAAAAGCGGGUCUGAAUGGAACUAUAUGAAAACUGUUGUCUUUCUUCCAAUGCGCAACUUUUUUUUUUAUUAUUACUAGACGUUCUUUUUGUUUCUCUUUUUUUUUGUUAUUUAAUAUUAUUAUAUUGACUCCAAAAUGCAAUCAAGACUGUUAAUUUCUAUUUGUCCAACCAAAAUUGUUGUUUUUAAUUAUUGUUGAAAUAUAAUGUAUGAGAAGAAGCCAGGUGAAUACUUGCUUAGUGUAGAAGAUCCUUGCUCGUGUCUGUAAUUGUUGCGAUUUUUACGUGUUUUUAUGCUCCAGAAUCAUUCACUUUACCCUCGAGACAUGUUCGGUUUAAUUUUUUUUUUUUGUCCUUUCCACAGAUGUUACCUUUUGCUCCUUUGUUCUUUCAUUAAGCACAUAUUUCCUAAAAGAAACACGGGAUUGUUUGCGGGUUAAAACCUUGGGAACAGCAGUAUAUCUGUUCGUAUGCAGUGGAUUAUACAGUUUAACGUGCUGAAGCUCUGAGGAGACGGAAGACGUGUGAUUUCCCCUUUACGCUCAGUGGAAGAAGAUAUAUUUUAAAUCAUAGAGAUAUUCAUCCUCUUCGUGUCACUUUUACCUUCAGAUCACUGUGGGCGGGGUUAUAGUGCGGAUAUAUAUAUAUAUAUAAGUUGAGAAUAUAUGAGAUAAAUAUAUAUAUAUAUGAAGAAUAUAUUAUUUAAGUAGUGGAUUUACUUCAUGAAACACAUCGACAGUCAGCUACAAACCUCUGGAGAUGAGGGUUUGUUUCCGUGAACCUAACCUUUCCACUUUCUCUCUCUCUCGCUCUCUGUUCACGCUGUGUGCUUGUCCAUCACACCAUCCUGUUGUCUCGUUUGUUCUUUUGAUACUAUUUACCAUCCUACUGAUUUUACUGUAAUGAAUGAAACUCAAAAACUAUGAUGUAUCAUUUUAGAUUUUAUGCUGUAUUUGUUAUAUGGACAAGAAGAAAGAAAAAAAAAAACCACACAAAAAAAAAAUAACAAA